AUGCGUUACUCUCUCUUCCUCGGGGCUGCUGCCCUCGUGGCCGCUUCUCCUGCUCCUCAGGCAUUCGAUGUCAACCAAUUCGAUUCCAUGGCCAACAACCUCGCUCAGGGCCCCAAGGCAGGCGUCGUCAGUGAGCAGGCCUACAACCAGGCCAAGGCUCAGGACGUUGCCGCCGCCGCUGCUACCGGCGCUGCCACUGCUCAGCAGGCAAAGAGGACCGUUGGUGCCCAGCUUGAGGCACGCGACCCUACCUUCUGGUGGAACUGGAACCAGCAGAACAACCCUCCUGCUCCCGCUCCUACCAAGGCUCCUGCUCCUGCCCCCACCGCCGCACCUGAGGGCAACCCGUCCUCUACCAACCUCGCACCAUCUUCGUGCACCCCGGUCAGCUGGACCAACACCUUCGCGUUCACUGCCGAUCCCGCUUGUGCUACUCAGAUCGAGGUCGGCACCUACUGCGGAUUCAUCAACCCCGAUGACCCAUGUGCUGCUCAGCCCAACGCCUACGGCCCACCUACCACCCCCGACACUGCCGAUGCUUUCAAGAACAACGAGGUCUACCACAAGAUGGCUACUAGUGCUAAGUCGCCAUCUGGCUACACCUCCUCUUUCGUCGACCUCAGCGCUUCCGUUGAGGGCAGCGGUUACCUCGGAUACUACGAGCUUACCAGCUACGACACUGCUGCUUGCGCCGCCAAGUGCGACUCUACCUCCACCUGCACUGGUUUCAACAUGUACAUCGAGCGUGACCCCAAGUGGAACCCGCGCCAGUGCUCUUGCGACAAGCCCGACUCUGUCACUCGCUUCAAGUGCACUCUUUGGGGACAGGAUGUCAAGAAGGAGUCUGCUACCAACGUCGGCCAGGGCCAGGAUGGAUUCGAGGUCGUGAUAGUCGGUUCCAACGGUUACAACAAGGGUACCUAUAACCCUCCCACUCCUCCUUCUUGCAGCAAGCCCCAAUCUUGCGGCCACAAGCUCCACAACCAGCAGCCCUACUGCAUGGGUCAGACUACUUUCCCCGGUCCUUUCGAUCCUUCUCUCUGCGCUGCCUACGCUCAGAAGCAGAACGAGGUCAACCGCAAGCACGGCAUCAUUGGCGCAUGGCUCUCCAUGUUCGGCAUGAACAAGGGUGGCUGCGUCCAGUUCCAGGCUGCUUACCUCGAGAAGGACGGCAAGGGUUUCGGUACCCACUGCCGUCUCUUCACCAAGAAGUUCCUUGCCACCCAGGCCAACCUCGACAUCAGCGUCGGUGGUACCUCCAAGUGGGGCUGCCAGAAGUCCUUCACCUGGGACGUCGAUGUCAACGCCAGCUUCAACUGGGGUGGCUGGUCUUACUUCAAGAACAAGCGCGACGAGUAA